UGCACACACAUUUGUCUCUUCCAGUAUAAUCCAGUAUGCAGAAAUCUAACAACAUUAGGGGGGAUUCUGCAUUGUAUCACAGCACUUUGUGUGCAGGGCUCUGAUGAGACAGCCGAGGAGGUUGAAAAGGAGGGCACGCAGUCUCUGACGGGAGCAAUCCCUGCUGUGGAUUGCCCGAGUGGAGAGGGGCCGACCUGCCGGAAACGCCCUGCAAACAUGGGGCAUGUCUUUCGGAGUGGUUCCUGUGCAGAGCAGCUGAGCGUUUAUCCUGAGGGAACCCGGGUGGGAGUGUGUGUGUACGUGUGGGGGCAUAGUCAUAAGAGAGCCUGACGGAGGUGAAUCAAGGCUCGUCUGGAAGAAAGACAAAAUGGAAUAAAAGAAACACAUGGGAGUAAUCAAACAGUUCCAGGGGAGAGAGGAGGUGGGAAGCCACUGAGUCAGGAGGAGUAAAGAGAAGUAUAGGGUGAACUUGCACUGCAAGGCGUUGACUGCUACACGCGAUGUUCAGUAAGAGAGGCCAUGGGGAGCCAGAAAAUGUUGGAUCUUGCUGACUUCACCACAUGGGCUGCCAGGCCUAAGCUAGAAUAAAAACCAGACCUGCAUCUUGUGGCAGGGACUCUGCUUUUAAGGGAGUAGGGCUAGUGGGCAAAUUGGAACCAGCCCUGGCUUGGUCCCCAACCAGCCGCAGGAUCUUGGACUGCCCCACCCCUUCCCCCUUGGCUUUCUCUUCUGUAAAGAGGGCUUACCUUGGUGGGUCCCUCCAGGGCUGACAUCCGGUCUUUCCAGACUGGCCUCUCAGGUUUGGUCAGAUCUGCCAUGACCAUUCAGCCAACCAUUGGUGCUCUGCACUUUCUAUGUGCCAGUAGGGAGAGGUGAGACAAAGACAAGGGGGGGUCUUGGUGGUGAGAGCGAGUGAAGGCAGACAGCGGCCCUGCCCUCUCUCAGAGGGGCUGCAGUCUCGUGGAGGUGACACUGUUUCAUUGAUUCGGAGAUCCACAUUUGGACGUUGCUGAAGGAAGGCUGCAUCUUGGAGUCGAUACAGGUUUUAUCAUUCCCAGCACGUCUUUUCUCCAGUGCCACCGAGAAGAGUGUAGUCAGCAGCCCAGUGGGUUGCCACUGAGGAAAGCAGAGAGUAACAUGGUCUGGCGUGCAUCUUGAAGAACUGAUCAUGGCUGCAAGUUGGAGCAGAUGAAAAAUGGUGGGGGCUUGGACAACAGGAAAAGAACAGAGCUCAAUGCCCCCUCCAGGGGUGCCCCCGCCCUUCCCUCCAAUGGGGCUACCCCCUAUGAGUCAGAGACCACCAGCCAUUCCCCCCAUGCCACCUGGCAUCAUGCCUCCCAUGCUUCCACCAAUGGGGGCACCACCACCACUCACACAGAUACCAGGAAUGGUCCCUCCCAUGAUGCCAGGAAUGCUGAUGUCCGCGGUGCCCGUCACCGCCGCGACGGCUCCAGGUGUGGACACCGCCAGCUCUGCUGUGGCCGGGACGGGUCCCCUGAGGGCCCUGUGGAGCGAGCAUGUGGCCCCUGAUGGGCGCAUCUACUACUACAAUGCUGAUGACAAGCAGUCCGUGUGGGAGAAGCCCAGCGUGCUCAAGUCCAAGGCCGAGUUGCUGCUCUCCCAGUGCCCCUGGAAAGAGUAUAAGUCAGACACAGGCAAACCGUACUACUACAACAACCAGAGUAAAGAGUCCCGCUGGACCCGGCCCAAGGACCUGGACGAGCUGGAGGCUUUAGUCAAACAGGAGUCUGCAGGGAAGCAGCAGCCGCAGCCACCCCAACCCCAGCCUGAUCCCCCACCUGUGCCUCCUGGCCCCACCCCAACGACCGUGGGCCUCAUGGAACCUGAGCCAGGUGGGAGUGAAGACUGUGACGUGUCCGAAGCUGUGCAGCCCACGGAGCACCCAGAGGAGAGUCCCAGCAGUUCUGCUGGACAGCAUCAGCCUCCACAGCAGGAAGAGGAGGAAUCGAAGCCAGAACUAGAGAGGUCUGGCCUCAGUUGGAGCAACCGGGAGAAGGCAAAGCAGGCAUUCAAGGAGCUGCUGAGGGACAAGGCUGUCCCCUCUAACGCCUCGUGGGAACAGGCCAUGAAGAUGGUGGUCACUGACCCCCGUUACAGUGCCUUGCCCAAACUGAGUGAGAAAAAGCAGGCAUUCAAUGCCUACAAGGCUCAGCGGGAGAAAGAGGAGAAGGAGGAGGCCCGGCUGCGGGCCAAGGAGGCCAAACAGACGCUGCAGCAUUUCCUGGAGCAGCAUGAGCGGAUGACCUCCACGACACGCUACAGGCGGGCGGAACAGACCUUCGGGGAGCUGGAGGUCUGGGCUGUGGUCCCUGAGAGGGACCGGAAAGAGGUUUAUGAUGAUGUCCUCUUCUUCCUGGCCAAGAAGGAGAAGGAGCAGGCCAAGCAGCUGAGGCGCCGCAACAUCCAGGCCCUGAAGACCAUCCUGGACGGCAUGAGCAGCGUCAGCUUCCAAACCACGUGGUCUCAGGCCCAGCAGUACCUCAUGGACAAUCCCAGCUUUGCCCAGGACCAUCAGCUGCAGAACAUGGACAAGGAAGAUGCGCUCAUCUGCUUUGAGGAGCACAUCCGAGCUUUGGAGAGGGAGGAGGAGGAGGAGAGGGAGCGGGCUCGGCUGCGAGAGCGGCGCCAGCAGCGCAAGAACCGGGAGGCCUUCCAGACCUUCCUGGAUGAGCUGCACGAGACAGGGCAGCUGCACUCUAUGUCCACCUGGAUGGAGCUGUACCCAGCGGUCAGCACUGAUGUCCGCUUUGCCAACAUGCUGGGCCAGCCGGGUAAGGCAGCCGGGACCCCCCAUCUCUGGCCCGGCUUCCGGUCCCGCUGGCCUCUCGGCACCCCCACUCCCCGGGCUUGUCCUCGACCCCACCCUGGGCCUCGGGAAGCUGCCGCCCGCCAGGCCCCCCUCCCUCCCUCCUCCGCAGGCUCCACCCCUCUGGACUUGUUCAAGUUUUAUGUGGAGGAGUUGAAAGCCCGCUUCCAUGAUGAGAAGAAGAUCAUUAAGGACAUUCUUAAGGACCGGGGCUUCUGCGUGGAGGUGAACACAGCUUUUGAGGACUUCGCCCACGUCAUAAGCUUUGACAAGAGGGCCGCUGCGCUGGACGCAGGCAACAUCAAGCUGACCUUCAAUAGUCUGCUGGAGAAAGCCGAGGCCCGAGAGAGGGAGCGGGAGAAGGAGGAAGCGCGCAGGAUGAGGCGCAGAGAAGCUGCCUUUCGAAGCAUGCUGAGGCAGGCUGUGCCGGCCCUGGAGCUGGGCACUGCCUGGGAAGAGGUCCGAGAGCGCUUUGUGUGCGACCCAGCCUUUGAGCAGAUCACCCUGGAGUCGGAGCGGAUCCGGCUCUUCCGGGAGUUUCUGCAGGUGCUGGAGACCGAAUGCCAGCACCUCCACACAAAAGGCCGCAAGCAUGGCAGGAAGGGCAGGAAGCACCACCGCAAGCGCUCCCACUCGCCCUCGGGCUCGGAGUCGGAAGAGGAGGAGCUGCCCCCACCGGCCUUCCGGCCCCCCAAGCGGAGGCGGCGGAACCCUUCAGAGUCUGGCUCUGAGCCCUCUUCCUCACUCGACUCAGUUGAGAGUGGGGGUGCUACUGUUGGGGGACAGGGCUCCCCAUCCUCGCGCCUCCUCCUCAGCUCAGAUCAUGGCCUCCGGAAAGUCAAGAAACCAAAAAAAAAACCCAAGAAGAGAAGACACAAGUCGAACAGUCCCGAGAGUGAGACGGACCCCGAUGAGAAGGCUGGCAAGGAGAGCGAUGAGAAGGAACAGGAACCAGACAAGGAGCCAGAGCCCCGGCGGGCAGAGCUCGCUCACCGCUCCCCGGGCUUCAGAGUCAAGAAGGAGAAGACAGGUUGGGACACGUCGGAGAGUGAACUGAGCGAGGGCGAGCUGGAGCGGCGGCGGCGCACCCUCCUGCAGCAGCUGGACGACCACCAGUGACCUGCAGGCGGCCCUCAGCUCCCAGGACCCCGGCCCUGCCUGCCCCAGGCUCCUCUGCAGCCAGGCUCUGUCCACGUUUCUUAGAGAAGUCCCCACCCUGCCCCACCGUGGUUGGCACGUCUCCAGGUUGCUCUUGGUGUCCAAGGGCCCCUCUGGGGACCAGUGCAGUCCCUGCCCUCAGCCCCAGACCAGAGCUCGGGGGGAUGUGCCGCGGGUGGGCAAUGCCAGUAGCUACCAUGUGGGCAAGGUCUCUGUGGAGAGUGGCAGGCUGGUGGACACAGCCUGGGUGUCAGGCAGGGCCCUCACCCUCUAGCACCAGUGCCUGUGCCUGCUCCUGCCCGCCCGGCCCAGGGCCCAUCAGUCCUUCCUCCCCACCCUGGGGCCCAGUGUAUGUGUGGUUGGUUUUGGUUGGUUGCUUUUUGUUUUUUUAAAAAAAUAAUAUAAUGUGA